AGUUUGUGUCGGGAGCAGGCAGGAGGCUGAGGAGAGUUAUAAGAUGGAUCCUGGUGUUCACAGGAGGUUAAUAUGAGCUCAGGUGGAUGUUUACCUGCAGUCAGACGGUGGGAGGAGCUUCAGCUGGUGUUACCGGAAAUACGGAGUUUUAAACGGACUGUGUGUGCGUGUGUGUGUCUGCUUGUAGAGGCACGUGGGGACGUGACGUGUUUUUAUCUUUAGAUUCACACAGUGAGGUUGAUUAAAUCACAGAAGACAGAGACACACUGAGACGAUGAAGAGGGGAAUACCGGACAGGUGGCUGGAUUACAAAGCUGUCGGUAAAAGACUUCACGGGACUCGUUUCAUCGCCUUCAAAGUGCCUCUGAAACAGUCUCUGAUCCAUCAGCUGCCAUGUUCGGAUGCGUUUGGUCCGUGGGAGCUGCUGGACGCUCUGAACAAAGAAAAUCAAGAGCUUGGUUUGAUCAUCGACCUGACCUUCACCACACGUUACUACAAACUAGAGGACGUCCCAGACUCACUGCUGUUUGUGAAGAUCUUCACAGCCGGUCACGAGGUUCCCAGUGACGACACCAUCCUCAGCUUCAAACGUGCUGUACGCAGGUUUCUACGAGAUAACGCAGAGAAUGACAAGCUGAUCGGCGUCCACUGCACCCACGGUCUGAACCGCACCGGCUACCUGAUCUGCAGGUAUCUGAUAGAUGUUGAUGGGAUGGAUCCUAAAGAAGCUGUGGAGUUGUUCAACUCGUCACGGGGCCACGCUGUAGAGAGACAGAACUAUCUGGACGACCUGCGAUGUGGGCCGAAGAGGAGUAACGAGGGGAUGGAGGAGUCCGAGCAGGAGCCAAUGAGAGGUCUUGCUACUCAUCGGCCGAGUUACACCACGUCUGACUCCAACAGCAGAGAUGACAGACGGCCACACUUUAACGGCUCACGGUACCACAGCAGAUCUUUCCCUCCCGUAGAAACAAACCACCACCCGCAUCGGCACCAUUCACACGAUGGCCUCCUCCCCACUCCGCCGUUACUCCCCCCACCCAUGGGAGCCCACUUUCACCCGUAUCGAUGGACGCCUCCUCACCCUGACAGUCAGUGGAAGAGACCCUCCGGCUCAGAGGAGAGGAGGUCCAGAUAUGCUCCCUCAGAGCCGGAGAGGAGGUCCAGAUAUUCUUCCUCAGAGCCGGAGAGGAGGUCCAGAUAUGCUCCCUCAGAGCCGGAGAGGAGGUCCAGAUACGCUCCCUCAGAGCCGGAGGGGAGGUCAUCGUCCCGCCUGCAGGAGGACAGAUGGAGAGCUCCUCCUCCUCUCCCUCGUUACUCCGCAUGCUGGACCAACGAGUCCAACAGCUACGACCGACGUGAGGAGGAGCGGGCGGGGCCUAACAUGAGACAUCACUACACACAUACACACAGAGUGAAAACAUAUAACGACUAUUAGUGUCGUCUCCACAGGACACUGAGACAUACUGCUCAUCAACGGGGGGACGAUUUAGGGCGACAGACAGACAAGACAGACAGACAAGACAGACAGACAAGACAGACAGAUGUCUUGUGUGUGCUGCUCAGAUCAGUCUACAUGUUUCCUGAAAUUACAAAAUGUCUUCCCGCCUACAGGUGAGGGUCACAUGCCCCUGUGUGGUGGUGGUUUUUUGAGAUGUCUAAGUUGAUGACACAUUUUAAUGUAUGGGCUAAAAUAAAGCUGAUGAAACUUAGAUCCUGUCUUUACUGAACUUUGCUGUAUGAAAUAAAGUGAUGUUUGAUGCAUGU